AUGUCGCCGACUGCGAACGUCAAGCACGUCAGCGGUGACGGCGGUGUCAAGACAUUAGAGGAGCAACUAUCGCAGCUAUCGAUACAAGAACCUGCUGGACAGCUACUCGAACAACUAGGAGAUUUCGACUACUCCGAUCUACUUCCACAGCCAGCUCUGCCACCAGAAGUACUCGAAAGGGUCGUGCGUCAUCUUCAUCCUGGAGCUCUGAUAGGCGAUCCUCUGGCGCAUGUGACAUUGAUACGACUCAGCUGCGUCAGUCGACUGAUGAGAUACUGGGCGCUGGACACACUCUAUUCGAUCAUCAUCCUACCCCGUCAUGUGAGGGAGUUUCGCAAAUGGUACUCGAGAGCAGUCAAGGCACAACCGGCAUAUCAAUUCGCAGGCUACACAAGGGCACUGUUUUGCUCUCUGGACGAUGUUUCAGCCUUGACAUCGUUCUCGGCAGGAUGGGACCACGAACUGCUGCGACUGCUUCACUACUGCGGUCCGACCCUCACACAUCUUUCCCUAUGGCGUGCCGAGUCGAUGGCUUUGCUGCGAGACCCUGGCCAAGUCAGAGAAGGCUACCGCUUUGGUUCAUCUCAGCCUGUCCAAGUUUGGGGCGAGCUCGGUGAGGGCGAGCCCGACGCCGAAGCUCAGGAGGAGGUCGAAGUGGAUGACACAGCCCCACCGGAAGCAGAGCACGCCGACGAUCUAUUCAGCAAGGAAGAGCUCGAUGACAUGCCAGGAUGGCUCAAAGCUGAGAUCCGAAUGCAGGGAACCCGAGCUGUCACUAAUCGCCACAAAGCUCAUCUUACACCGACAAGACGCAUCACACGACGACAUCACGGCUGUCAGCCCACGCAUCUCAGCAUCAUGAUGAGCUUGCCCUUGCUGGAGCAUGAGGAUCUGAAGGUGUUUCCAAGGAUGCUCAUCUGGCAUCGUGUUCAGGAGCUCGAUGUGCACAUCUCGACGCCGGGACACACUCCAAAGGCCUUAAGGCUGCUAGCGAGUUUGCGUGAAUCGCCAAUACGCAGGCUCAGGAUCUCCACGACUUUUGCAUCGCUUUGCAUGAUGACUCCGCCCUUUCCGCCGUCCAAAAGACAGCGAGAGGCGAGUGCAGAAGGAAGAAUGCAAGACCUCAACGGCUAUGCUGCGCCGACCUUCUACGGCCAAGGUACAAACAGCGACUUCAUCCCAACUCUCAACGUGUGCGAUGCGCUGACGAGCAUAUUGCAAGACAAAACGCUGCGGAAAGUGUUGGUAGACGAAUUUCAGGGCAAGGCUUACAGCGCUGUCCCCAACCUUGAGCAGGUGUUGACUCGACGCUGCUUUGAAGGUCCGACUAGGAAGCUCAGUAACCGCACCAGUUGUCCCGAUAGCGUAGCGACACCACCACAGACGAUCGCCGAAGCUCCCGUAGAUGCAAAACGCCAGGCUGACUUGGGACGUAACUUCCGUCUUACUCUCACUCGCGGCAAUCAGGCCAUGUGGGCUAAGCUCAAGGAUCGUCUCUGGGACUUUCGACAGAGAGCAGAGGGGAUCAGCGAUGGUUCGUGGGAGAUGCUAUCAUAG